CGUCCAUCCAAACCGUAUAUGUAUAACAUUAACCUUUAUAACACUUUUAUUUCCAAACAAAGCCAAAAAAAAAGCUCAAGAUAAAAAAAAAAAAAAAAAAAGAAGAGAGGAUGACAUCGUAUUCAAUCGUGUCAGAGUUUGAAGGGACAAUACUGGAGAACGCAGAUUCGUUCUCUUACUUCAUGCUCGUGGCUUUCGAAGCUUCUGGUUUCAUCCGUUUCACCAUCCUGUUGUCUCUCUGGCCCAUCAUCGCACUCCUUGACGUUUUCAGCUACAAAAAUGUCGCUCUCAAGCUCAUGAUCUUUGUAGCGACGGCUGGAGUCCGUGAAUCGAAGAUGGAGCUGGUGGCUAGAGCCGUCCUGCCAAAGUUCUACAUGGAUGACAUAAGCAUGGACACUUGGAGGGUUUUCAGUUCGUGCAAGAAGAGGGUUGUAGUGACGAGAAUGCCUCGAGUUAUGGUGGCGAGGUUCGCCAAGGAGCAUCUUGGAGCCGAUGAAGUCAUCGGUUCAGAGCUGAUCGUGAACGCGUUCGGUUUUGUCACUGGUUUAAUACGUGAAACCGACAUCGAUCAAUCCAUUUUGAACCGUGUCGCUGACUUGUUUGUUGAUCAGAGGCCUCAUCUAGGUCUUGGAAGGCCGGCUUCGACGGAUUCCACAACUUUCUUAUUGUUAUGUGAGGAGCAAAUUCAUGAACCAAUUCACAGGAACAACCGUGACCAACAACUUCAGCUGCAGCCUCCCAAGCCAGUGAUCUUCCAUUAUGCACGCUUCGUGAAGCGACCAACACCAGCCACGGCUCUACUCAUUCUCAUCUGGAUCCCAUUUGGAAUCAUUCUCGCUUUAAUCCGAAUGUUUUUUAUCUGCACUCUCCCAUUAUGGGCCAUACCAUACAACAUUGGCUGCUUUCGAGUCAUCUUGAAGGGCAAGCCUUCUACUGGAAAUUCUGGUGGCCUACUCUAUGUAUGUAAUCAUAGAACUACGCUUGACACUGUUCUUAUAUCUUAUGCUCUCAGACGCAGCAUCCCGGUCAUUGCAAAAAAUAUGUCACCGUUAUAUGAUCUUCUGACUCCAAUCCCCAUAGUCCGGUUUACAAGAAUCCGUGAGGUUGAUGCUGAAAUGAUGAAGCAAGCCCUCUCCAAAGGAGACCUAGUGCUCUGUCCCGAAGGAACCACUUGCUUUCAACCCUUCGUGCUCAGGUUUAGCGCAAUGUUCGCGGAGUUAACAGACAGGAUCGUGCCCGUGGCGAUUAACUGUAAGCUUGGAUUCUUCCAAACCCCUACAAGAAGCUGGGAUGGUCUGGACAUGAUCUUCUUAUUGAUGAACCCGACACUCGUUUUCGAGGUUACGUUCCUGGACCAGCUCCCCUUGGAGGCCACGUGUUCAUCUGGGAGAAGCGCAUAUGAUGUGGCGAACCAUGUUCAAAGAAUCUUGGCGGAUACAUUAGGUUUCCAGUGCACUAAGUACGGCAGAUCCGAUAAGUACAAGACUACAUACUAAGUGAUGGCUCACGUUAUAAGGCAUAUAUAUAAAAUCUAUAAAACUUAAACUACUUGAUAGAAAACGUGUACUGAUUUUACUAGUUAUACUAGGUAAUUAUACGCGUCAUGGGUAAGUAUAUGAAUUUUAUCAAAGGUUUGUAGUUAACAUAGGAAGAUUGUUACUUUGUUAUUCGAUUUGAUUUUGAUAUUUUUUUUUUUUUGGUAUUGAAAUAUGAAAUAUGAAAUUAAUUAAUAAGUAAAAAAAAU